CCAGCUAGUCUGGCGAGGAACCAUUCCUGAAGCCUGUCGCAUCUGCUGGUGCUGGGAGCACCCAGGAGCUGUCCAGCUAAGAGACCUCCUGAACCCUCAGCACAAUGUGACGGUCUAUGAGAGCCCUGAGAGCAUCUCUAUCAUACACAACACAGAGAUGGAGGAUGAUUUGUUCCAGCUGAGACAUCUACCCGUUGUAAAAUUUCGACGGACAGGGGAGAGUUCUAGAUCAGAAGAUGAUAACAUUUCAGGAGAACAUGAGAUUCAGAUCGGACCGGUGCAAACCGAUUUGGAAGCAGUGGAGUUGGAAGAUGGAACCACGGUGCCGAAGGAAUUCGCCAACCCAACAGAUGAUACAUUUAUGGUGGAAGAUGCUGUGGAAGCCAUUGGUUUUGGGAAAUUCCAGUGGAAACUUUCUGUCCUCACUGGCCUGGCUUGGAUGGCAGAUGCCAUGGAAAUGAUGAUACUUAGUAUUCUGGCCCCACAACUCCACUGCGAGUGGCGGUUACCCAGCUGGCAGGUGGCACUGCUCACAUCGGUUGUGUUUAUUGGAAUGAUGUCCAGCUCAACUCUCUGGGGGAAUGUUUCUGACCAGUAUGGAAGGAAGACUGGCCUGAAGAUCAGUGUGUUCUGGACCCUUUAUUAUGGGAUUCUCAGCGCCUUUGCCCCAGUCUAUAGUUGGAUUCUUGUCCUCCGGGGGCUGGUUGGCUUUGGGAUUGGAGGUGUACCUCAGUCAGUGACUUUAUAUGCAGAGUUCCUACCCAUGAAAGCCAGAGCUAAGUGCAUACUAUUGAUUGAGAUCUUCUGGGCUAUAGGCACCGUGUUUGAAGUGCUUUUGGCAAUCUUUGUGAUGCCCACUUUGGGCUGGCGUUGGCUUCUCAUCCUCUCAGCCCUGCCUCUUAUGCUGUUUGCCAUCUUGUGUUUUUGGUUACCGGAGAGUGCUAGAUAUGAUGUCUUGUCUGGCAACCAAGAGAAGGCCAUUGCUACAUUAAAACGCAUUGCAACUGAGAACGGGGCUCCCAUGCCUCUGGGAAAACUCAUCAUUUCAAGGCAGGAAGACCGUGGUAAAAUACGUGAUCUUUUCUCACCUCAGUUCCGACGUACAACUCUGUUACUUUGGUUUAUAUGGUUUUCAAAUGCUUUCUCUUACUAUGGACUGGUCCUGCUAACAACAGAACUGUUCCAAGCCGGAGAUGUAUGCAGCAUUUCUAACCGGAGGAAAACAGUGAAGCCAAAAUGCAGUCUUGCCUGUGAAUUUUUAACUGGUGAAGAUUAUACAGAUUUACUAUGGACCACUCUGUCUGAAUUCCCAGGGGUGUUGGUCACCUUAUGGAUCAUUGAUAGAGUGGGUCGAAAGAAGACUAUGGCCAUUUGCUUCUUUGUUUUCUCUUUGUGUUCCCUUCUCUUACUCCUUUGCAUUGGACGGAAUGUCCUCACAGUCUUACUCUUCAUUGCAAGAGCCUUCAUAUCGGGUGGAUUUCAAGCAGCCUAUGUUUACACUCCAGAGGUUUAUCCCACAGCAACACGAGCCCUAGGUCUGGGAACAUGCAGCGGUAUGGCUCGCGUCGGGGCAUUGAUUACACCCUUCAUUGCACAAGUGAUGUUGGAGUCAUCUAUAUAUCUUACAGUCUUGGUAUAUAGCGGCUGUUGCAUUUUGGCAGCUGUGGCCGCCUGCUUCCUACCCAUUGAAACCAAAGGCCGUGGCCUACAGGAGUCCAGCCAUAGGGAAUGGGGCCAGGAGAUGGUGGGAAGAGGACAACACAACUCUGGAGUCACCCAUUCCAACUCUGGCUCUCAAGAGUGAUCAACAUUUCAUUUGCACACUGCACAUACACACAUACACCAUUUACAUGCAGGAAUAAGCAGGAUGACAGCGGAGGCCAAAGCACUUUACAGAGAAAGAGAGCAGUGGUACUGCUUCCGAGUGCAGGAUACAAAAAUGAUUAUGGUGACUAAGUAGGGUUGUAUUUUAUUACUUCAUAUAAUAACAAUCUCAACAGAGAUAAGGAAUAA